ACAGCGCUGCGAGAAUCAUGGCGACCAGCGGAGGAGCUUCGUGUUCAUCCUCGGUCCUACCGUGCGCGUUUUCCCGACACUACCUGGCCGUGUGUGCGCAGGACGGCCGCCUCCGCGUGUGGAACACCGACACACAGUCCCUGCACCGGGAAUUUGUGCCCUCUGCCCAUCUGAGUGCCACCUGUACGUGCAUUGCCUGGGGACCAUGCCGAGCCAGCAAGGAGGGCCCUCAGAGAAAGAAGAGGAAGUCAGAAGCGGGUCCGGCUCCGGAUCAACAGCCGGAUCUGUUGGCGUUGGGUACAGCGGCGGGCACCGUCCUCAUCUACAGCACGGUGAAGGGAGAUCUGCACUGCAUACUGGAUGGAGGGCAUAACGGCGGAGUCAACAGCGUCCAGUGGCACCCGGAACAAUCUCUUCUGUACAGCGGCUCAGACGACACACACAUCGUAGAGUGGGACUUACAGACGGGCAAAACACGCUGUAAAUGGAAGGCCGACAGAUCGGCCGUGACGAGUCUGUGUGUGAGUCCGGACGGGAAGCUCCUGCUUUCUGCUGGAAUGACCAUCAAAAUGUGGGACCUGGAGACCAAGGAGGUGUACAGAAAGUUCACAGGUCACUCGACCACGGUGACGACCCUGUGCUUCGCCACCUCUCGUCCACCGGACAGCGACGGGCUGUACUUCCUGUCGGGAGCGGUGCACGACAGACUGCUCAGCGUCUGGCAGGUGCGCUCGGAUGGCAAAGACAAGAACUCGGUGGUGUCGUUCACGCUGACGGACGAACCCCAGUACAUCGACCUCCAGACAGCCGACAGUAAAGACAAGGCGGUGCGGUUAGCGGUGGUGUGUAAGGACGGGCAGCUCCAUCUCUUCGAGCACUUUCUGAACGGGCCGUGUAAGAAGCCUCUGUCCCCGGUGUGUUCGGUUCAGGUGUCGAGCGUCGGCGCGGGUGAAGGUGCCACCCCGGCCCCGGUCACCCUGCUGGCGGCUGCACUGUGUCCAGACAGACAGAGUCUAAUGCUGGCGUACGGGAACUACCUACAGCCCAUCGUGGAAAAAACGCAAAUCAACACGUCAGAGAGGCAUGUGUGUCUGGUCCGGGACGUCCACACCACGCUCUCGCUUUCUGUGAAUGCUGCCGUAUCGAAGGUAAAAACACCCAUCGUGAAUGAACAGAAGGGCAAAGUUUUAAUACCCGGAGUUCCUGGUCAUCAAGCGCCCAUCAGAGCAUCUUCCGGCGAAUCAGACAAGAGGAAGAAAGGAGCCGGACCGACCGAGAUGUCGAUAGAGGAGCGUUUGGAGCAGGUUGAACUGAGCACAUUGGGGCGUAAAGGAGAAGAUAAAGGAGCUUCAGCGUCUCUGCAGACCGACAGCUUCGCCGUGCUGCUCGUUCAGGGUCUCGAGAGCAAAGACAGCAAGAUCCUCAACAAAAUCUUCCAGACGAAGAAGGAGGCCCUGAUCAGGAACACGGUGGCGCGGUUACCACCCCCGGCGGUCCUGCCGUUAGUGGAGGAGCUUUCACGGAGACUCCAGGGACAUCCGUUCUCUGCGAUACUCACGGUGCAGUGGCUGAAGGCCGUGCUGACGCAGCACACGUCGUAUUUAUCAUCGCUCCCAGAUCUGGUAUCUCAGUUGGGGGUGCUGUACCACAUGAUCGAGAGCCGAGUGAAGCUGUACCAGCGGCUGACGAGACUCCACGGCAAACUUUACCUGCUCAUGACCCAGGUGGCGUCGAGCAACAGUUCACACAAAGUGAGCGACCUGGAUCGCGAGGCCAAGCUUGUGUACGAGGAAGAAUCCUCAGAUGACGAGGAGGCUUCAGGAGAUGAAGGGCGGCCCGAGGACGACUCCGAUAGCUGGGAGGAAGAGGAGGACAACGAGGAAGAAAUGGACGUAACCGAGAACAAAGAAAAUCACACGGAGGACGAGGAGGAUGCCAACAAAGACGCGGAAGAGUCUAAAGCCAACGGCGAUUCGGACAUGGACCCUGAAAACGAGAGCGAAGAGGAGUGAGACUAAAAAAAAAAAAGCUGGGAAAGUUUAUAUAUGAAUAGAAAUAUAUAUAAAGUUUUGUUUUAUUUUUUUCCGGUUUUCAUUUUAUUGUAUUAAAAAAAAAAAUCCCAAAAAUCUGUUUUAUGGUUCAAAACGUCGUGGACCGAAGGUGGUUGUUUGACACGAUGGCCACCAGGGCGGCGACAUACACAACCGAACGCAGCAGAAACUGAGGGUCUGAAUGCUAGUCUGUUCUCUCUCCCUUUAACUCCAAACUGCUUUUGUAUUUUUCCUUUUUGACCAUUCUGGUGCUGUACUGGAAUACAAGUCAUAACCCUGAAUAACCAGAUUCAAGUGGUUAUAAUUUAAAUAUAAUAAUGAUAAAACUGGAUGGGAAUAAGGGGUGGAGGUCAUGAAUUUAAAGUGACCAAACAGAAUCCAAAUUGUCGGUUUUUAAUACAGCACUGAUAUCGAAGCUUGGAGUGUUUUAAUACCAGUAUUCAUCCAUCCUUCCAUCAUAUUAUCCCAUUCUGCUUUUUGUAUGAUUGUUGCAAAUUUAAUUCAAUAACCGUCAGUAUUUCUGACUAAUUUCAGCCUAUAAUAUAUUCAGCAUCUGGUCAGGGCCUCUCGUUCACAUGUACGUGUACACGUCAGUUGAUUUAAUAUCAUGUGUAGCACAUCACUCGGGCUUAAACUGGCUAAGAAGCUAUUUUUCAUAUCCAAUAGGUGCAUCCCUAUAAAUAAUAUGGCAUUUAUCACCCCCACAGUCCACAUUAAUCAAGUUAGGCAGACGGAGUGGGACGAAAUUUACUCCAGAGCAAAUUAAAACGCCUGCAUCGCCUUCCCAAGUGAAACAGUACCUGUCACAAUCUAAUCUGAUCAGUUUAUUUAAAAUCUGCUCUACAUGACAGUAGAUAGUUUUGCAUAUGCAGCCCUAAAUCAGAUCAAGCCAAAUACUGUGACCUUUGUUUCUUUUUGCAUUUUGGUAAGUGCCAAGUGGUUUCCCGAUGUCAUUACGUUAAGCACGUUUUGUUUCUGUUUCUAAACCACUUUUUACCACGUUUAAUGAUUUAUUUUCCUGUUCUGUACUUUUUCUUCCUGCCUUGUCCGUCAUGUCUGCUUUCUGUAAUUACGGUUUCAGAAUGGAGGACGAUGUGAAUGUUGCUUAAUUUGAUGUAUAAUGAACAUCUUGGGCUGUUAAUGCUCACAAAGUGUUGCUUUAGAAAACAAUUUGUCAAGCUGAACCUUUUUCAUGCAAGCAGUAAAUAUCAACGACUGUUGUACAGUUUAAAUGAAAUAAAUUCCUUUUUGUUCUCAA